AUGGGUAUUUCGCGUGAUUCCCGCCACAAGCGCUCCGCCACCGGUGCGAAGAGAGCCUACUACCGUAAGAAGAGAGCUUUCGAGAAGGGUCGCCAGCCUGCCAACACCCGUAUCGGCAACAAGAGAAUCCACCUUGUCCGCACUCGCGGUGGAAACACCAAGUACCGUGCCCUCCGUCUCGAGUCCGGUAACUUCUCGUGGGGAUCCGAGGGAAUCUCGCGCAAGGUCCGCGUGAUCGUUGUGGCCUACCACCCUUCGAACAACGAGCUGGUCCGUACCAACACGCUCACCCGCUCGGCCGUUGUGCAGGUCGACGCUGCCCCUUUCAGACAAUGGUACGAGGCCCACUACGGCCAGGCCAUCGGCCGACGACGCCAGCAAAAGAGCGAAGUGCCCGAGGAGAAGAAGAGCAAGAGCGUCGAGCGCAAGCAGGCCGCCCGCGCCCUCGCCUCUGGCAAGGUUGACAACGCCCUCGAACGCCAAUUCGAGGCCGGUCGUCUGUACGCUGUUGUCUCGUCCCGCCCUGGCCAGAGCGGCCGCGUGGACGGAUACAUCUUGGAGGGUGAGGAGUUGGCAUUCUACCAGCGUGCGAUCAGGAAGUAA